UUUUACAUCUACUAUUAAAUAUUCAACUUUGAAUUGUGAUGUUAGAACUAUUGUAGCAUCACCCUAUAUAUUUUGCUUGCAUCUUGUCUGAAUAUAGUUGAAAUUCAAGAAAUGACUGAACUAUACUUCUCGAGAGCUACAAGCAUGGAACCAUACUGUCAUUGACAAGUGUCUUUUUUAUUAUGAGACCCUGUUGCAACGCCAAAAUCUGGUAUAUUAUACUGCCAUGCAUGUAUGUUUAUUCAUCUGUAUAUGUUUUGGUUGUUAUUCACUAGUCACACUAGCUGCAUCAUGCUCUUCUUGUAGUUUUCUUUUUGUUAUGAGAACUUCAUCCAUGUUGUGCAUGAUCUUCUAAUGUUAUUUUCGUUAGUAUCAUACUUGUAAGCGCUUGUAGUCUUAUUAUUUCUUAAUUACUUAGAGUCGAAAUGAAUUCACGGAGCCUUGAGAGAAUUAGGAAGAGGAUGAAGAUGACAUGAUGUUCUUUAUUUGGCGAACAAUGUACAGAUCCUUAGUAGGAUCGACAAAAAUCAGCGACAUAGCUCUGUCCUGUACGCCAAGAGGCGUGUUGAUGAAAUCCUUCAAGGUCAUGUCAAGAAUUGCCUGGUAGCUUUAAGGAUGGAGCCGCAUAUCUUCAAAGUGCUAGCAUCAUAUCUUAGAAGCAAAAAUUUGAUGAAGGAUGAGACAAUCAAGGUGGAGGAGAAAUUAGGCUUUUUCCUUUACAUGUUGUCUCACAACACGUCUUUUGAAGAUCUACAACUAGAAUACCAACAUAGCGGGUGGACCUUCCAUGAAUACAUCAAGUCUUUCUUCGACAUCGUCCCAACUCUAUCUUGUUGAUUUUUAAAACAUCAAAGCAUCGAUAAACUUCAUCCAAAGAUUGCUGGAGAUCCAAGAUUCUUCCCAUACUUUGAGAAUUGCAUAGGCGCCAUUGAUGGAAUUCAUGUUCCUAUGACUCUAACACCUGACAAAGCCGCUCCUUUCCAAAAUAGGAAGGGAACUCUGAGCCAGGAUGCCAUGGUUGCAUGUGACUUUCACCUAAACUUCACAUUCAUCUCAUGUGGCUGGGAGGGGUCGACUACAGAUGCUAGAGUGCUUCAGUCGGCCUUGAACCGUGGCUUCAAAGUACCGGAAGGGAAGUUCUAUUUGGUUUAUGGUGGUUAUGCAAAUACCACAUCUUUCCUUGCAUCGUAUAAGGGUGUACGGUAUCAACUUAAGGAGUUUGGGCAUGGGCGCCAUCGACCACAGAACUACAAGGAGUUAUUCAAUCUUCGGCAUGCCGUGUUGCGCAACCAUGUGGAAAGGGCCAUAUGAAUUCUUAAGAAGCUUUUCCCAUUUCUUCACGUUGGUACAUUCCAUCAAAAUGAAAACCAAGUCAAGAUCACACCAGUUGCAGCCGUCUUUCAUAAUAUCAUCAGGAUGAAUAAGGGCGAUGAAAAUUGGCUUGAUAAUCAACCCAAUAAUAUACAUCCCACUGAAUUUAUUGACCUUACAGAUGAUAAUGAUCACCAACACGUCAACAACCAAGAGAAUAACAUCCCGGACAACAACUUGAGGGACGAGAUUGCUAGGAGGAUGUGGGAUGAUUUUCAACUUGACUAGCUAGUAACUUGUAGUUCUGUUCUUCAUGUUGUAACGAGCUCUUUUGUUAUGUUUUUCAUGUAAUAGUGAACCCUAUGUUAUGAAUAUUUUUAUGGCAUAAGAUUGAUUCUAGCUUGAUGAUCCAUUGAUAAUAGGUUGUGUAUCUGCAUGUAAAUAACAAGCGCUAUGUUAUGUUUGACAUUUAUGACGUUGUUUGUUAUCAUGUUGUUUUAUCUUACAUGUCCAUUAUCUAAGAUAUGUAUGCUUAAGGUUCUCCUAACUUCAACUUGAUUCAUAGGAAAGGUACAAAAAAUAACCUUCACUAAAGGCAAAGAAAAGGGUUACUUCACCAAGAGAUAUUUUCCAUGUUACCUGUGUCUCAACUUGUAUCUUUUGAAACAUAUAUUUUCAUCUGCACUUCUCUAAUGCUUGUGCUUGUGUAGUUGACAAGCCAAGGGCCCAAUGGAACCAAGGACUUGAGAAGUCUUUGGUGGAUUUGCAUCAUGAGCAUGAUGAUCCCUGUUCUAGAGGUGACAAUGGCUCGGGAAGUGAAACAUGGAACAAGAUGGUCAAGCUAUUCAAAUCUAGGAAUGGUGUGAACUUUACAAAGAGUCGGAUUCAAGAGAAGGAGAAAUAAAUGAAAAAGGACCACAUCGCUGUAAAUGAGUCUUGAAGACAAAGCGGUGUUAGCUGGGAUGAAGUUAGAUGCACAAUAAUUGCCGAUGCAAACCUUUGGAAAAAUAUGAUCCAAACAUGGAAAAGAAUUGGAAAAUUCUGGAGAGGAUCUUUCCCCCUAUAUGACAGACUAGGCAACUUAUAUGAUGGACAUACAGCUGAAGGAAAUUACAAUUUCAUAUCUUCUGAACCAUCACAACAAGCUGGGCUGUCACAAGUACCAAGUAUUACACAAGUGGAUGAUGACACUGAAGAAGAGCAGGUAAAAGAGGUAGAUGGUGAUGAAUUGCAGAUCCUAGAGGAAGAGGAUGUUGUUGCUGCUAGAGUUGGUGAAAAGAGGGUUGUUGCCGCUAAUCCUGUAGGAACUGAUGCACAAGUUAGUGAAAAGAGGGUUCCUGCUGCUGGUACUGCUGCAAAAAUGAAGCCUCCGAAGAAGGCAAAGAAGCGAGAGAAGACUGGAGAUGCGAUGGUGGAAGUGAUGCAGCAGUACAUGAACAGAAAGAAGAAACAAGCGGAGGAUGAAAUCGCCCUGCUGAAAAAAGAGUGUUGUAUCAACAAAUGGGCAUGAAUUCUCCAUCAGCAGGUGCAUUUCUCUAGUGCACAAGAUGGGAGACAUCGCACGCCAUGAGAGAGCGAGUGCAUAUAAGGUGUUCAAAAAUAUUGAGAACCGUGAAACCUUCAUCACUUUCGUUGUCAAGGAUGAAGUGAGUGCAGUCGAGUGGCUUCGGAGUGAAAUGGAUGAGUUGGCUACCUA